AUGCCGUGUGGAAAUGACCAAGAUCCUAUGCAGAGUCUAGUGGACUCAUUCAGAUCCCUCUUGGAUGAACCCUUGAUUGUCGCAAUUGCAACUGAUCAUGACUUAACUACGCCCGAAGGCUACCAAACAGCCAAGGAGAUCCUUGACGGGCUCUCACAGUCGGCUGUCUUUGAAGAAGCGACAGGCUUCAACGCGACAGGUGUCUCUGAUCUUCCCCAGAACGCCAGUUUCGACCCUGACGAUGAUAAGAGCACAAGUGCUACCGUCACGAGUACCAGCAACCGUGUCCCCAAGUCUCUGGGCUCAGCCUCUGAAGGCACUGAAAUAUCCUCCUCGUCAGCAGAACCAUCCUCCGCUAUGCCUAGUCUCACCAAAUUCAGCAAUGAUAGUGAUGAGACCAAGUUCAGCAACCUGCGAGGCAUGUUCACGGAUUUGAAGGAGAUCGACAUCAAGAGUGCUAUGAAGAAGGCCAACGGUGACCUUCAGGUCGCUCUGGAUAUCUUGCUCAAUAUUCAGUUUCUCGAGGCGACGGGACAGCGAGAAAAGGGCAUAGACGGCUUCUUUCAACCUGACGACGUUGAUACCAGUACCAAUACGAAGAGCAAGAAAAAACAAAGAAAAGCCAAGAAACGGGCCAAUAGCAUCCAGGGUGAUACAUCAUUUUCUCCCUCAAGCGGACAGCCCGUCAGAGCUAAGAAUAUCAAACAUGAGGAAGAGAUUGCGUACAUUGCCGAUAGAAUCGACAUGUCGUAUGACCAAGUCUCUGAUAUCUUCUACAGAAAACGGUGCUCCAGUGGCGCAACGGUAAUGGAUAUUCUUGACCAGUUCGUUUCGUACGGAAUCCAGGCUCGCGACGCUGAGGGCAAAGCCCAAGCAAAGUCGCUGGCUGCCAAGUACCGUAACAUCCCAGACCACUACCUCCUCGCCCUGGUCCAGGUGACAAGCUCCAUUUCACAAUUCUCCGACGACAUUGCCGGCAUGCUGAGCAAAUACUUUGUGAAGAAUCCCUGGGUCCAACGCAUCGACUUGGACUACCGCCUCACACCCUUGCCAAGCAAUGAAAUUGAGGGCGCUGCGCCACCGGCGGCUGGGAAUGCCAGAACGCUAGAGCUGAAGACACCCAUGCAGCCGCUGGCCGGAUCUUCAUUAUCGGCUGGUGCUAAUCUUGUAGAGAUGAACCAGAAAGCACAAGCCUCCUGGGACGCCAAGCGGGCGACUGAUGCAUAUACUUCCCAACUCCUCCGUAAAGGUGGCUCGAAUUCUCUGUAUAAGCAGGCUGCAGCUGUCUAUCGGGAGCGUUCGUAUGAACAGGCCCAGAAUUCUCAUAUGCUUUCAUCUGCUGCCGCCGAGCUCCUGGUCCAGAAGCAAAGUACAUCGACAUCUAUUGACUUGCAUGGUGUCACUGUGCUGGACGGGGUCAGGAUUGCUCGCCAGAGAGUGCAGUCCUGGUGGGAUGGCCUCGGAGAAUCUAGAGUUAGGAAAGCUAGGGAACAGAGCUUGACAGUCGUUACUGGUAUCGGACGUCAUAGUGCCGGCGGAGUAUCGCGGCUUCGACAAGGUGUAGCUGCCGCUCUUUUCCAGGAUGGCUGGAAGAUGCGCAUCGAGACCGGCCGGUUCGUGAUAACCGGCAGACGGUAA